UCCACACAGAGUGAAAUCACGAUGAUCACACGUCCUCUCUCACAGCUCCCACAGACACAUAACUGAACGUUUACAAGUCAUUUCCUUCGGUGACUAUCCAGCCCCUGUUUCUCGGUUUCAGUAAGGAACCGCUCGGUACAGCUUGACUCGCUGACGGCUCCGGCCCUCUUCCAGGCCGGUGUUUUGAUUGGAUUAGAGUCGGCUAGCCUUUGCCCUCUAACCUCGCUGAUGUUUGCUUGCUGCUUCCUGCUCGCUCCGCUCCGCCUGAUCGACUGACGAAGCCUGCCGAAGCCGCUCGGCGAAGCGCCCUGCACGGACACAGCCGACCGGGACAAGCCGCCGCUCACAGCCGAGAGGAGAGCCGAGCAGGGGGAGCCGCGAAGCGCACACACGGGCGGGCGGACGCAAAAACCAGGCAGCCAUGCGGAGGAAAUCAAGGAUAUUGUUGUGCUUUGCUGUGCUGUGGGUGCUGGGGAUAGCCUACUACUUCUACUCGGGGACAGCGUUGAGUCGAAAGGAUGACUGGGUGUCCAGGGACUUGUCCGGUAGGACCAAAGGUCACAACUCCGACGACAAAGCCCACGGCCCGGAGACAUUGCCACCAGGUAAGGUGCGCUGGCAGGAUUUUGACCAGGAUCUGUAUGUUGGAGCCACGGUGGUCCGGCCAGGUCAAGACCCCUACGCCAGAAACAAGUUCAACCAGGUGGAAAGCGACAAACUCCGAAUGGACAGAGCUGUACCAGACACGAGACAUGAUCAUUGCAGACAUAAGCAGUGGAAGUCAGACCUGCCGGCCUCGAGCGUUGUCAUCACCUUCCACAAUGAGGCUCGCUCUGCUCUGCUGCGGACUGUGGUCAGUGUCCUGAAGAAAAGUCCACCUCACUUGGUCAAAGAGAUCAUUCUGGUUGAUGACUACAGUGAUAAUCCUGAGGAUGGAGCGCUGCUGGGGAAGAUUGAGAAAGUACGCGUGUUGAGAAAUGACCGCAGAGAAGGCUUGAUGCGAUCAAGAGUUCGUGGUGCAGAUGCUGCCACAGCACCAGUUCUCACCUUCCUGGACUCUCACUGUGAAUGUAAUGACCACUGGCUAGAGCCGCUGCUUGAAAGAGUGGCUGAGGAUAAGACACGAGUAGUUUCUCCCAUCAUUGAUGUCAUCAACAUGGACAACUUUCAAUAUGUCGGCGCCUCUGCCGAUCUGAAAGGAGGCUUUGACUGGAAUUUGGUGUUUAAAUGGGACUACAUGACUCUGGAGCAGAGACGAGCCAGACAAGGCAACCCGAUCGCUCCUAUAAAGACACCAAUGAUAGCAGGUGGCCUGUUUGUCAUGGAUAAAGACUACUUUGAGCAGCUGGGAAAGUAUGACAUGAUGAUGGAUGUAUGGGGAGGGGAAAAUCUCGAGAUCUCAUUUCGUGUGUGGCAGUGUGCCGGCAGUCUGGAGAUCAUCCCCUGCAGCAGAGUUGGCCACGUCUUCAGAAAGCAGCAUCCUUAUACCUUCCCGGGUGGCAGUGGCACUGUGUUCGCAAGGAACACAAGGAGAGCAGCAGAGGUGUGGAUGGACGAGUAUAAAAACUUCUACUAUGCCGCUGUCCCCUCAGCAAGAAAUGUCCCCUAUGGGAAUAUCCAGAGUCGUUUGGAGAUGAAGAAGAGAUUAAACUGUAAGCCAUUCAAAUGGUACCUGGAGAAUGUCUAUCCUGAGCUGAGGGUCCCAGAUCACCAGGACAUUGCUUUUGGAGCCCUGCAGCAGGGAGGAAACUGUCUGGACACCUUGGGUCACUUUGCUGAUGGUGUGGUCGGCGUCUAUGAAUGUCACAAUGCAGGGGGAAACCAGGAAUGGGCCCUAACCAAGGAUAAAUCGGUAAAACAUAUGGACCUGUGUCUGACUGUGGUGGACAGAACAGCUGGUUCCCUCAUCAAACUACAAGGCUGUAGAGAGAAUGACAGCAGACAGAAAUGGGAGCAGAUCGAGUCCAACUCGAAGCUUCGUCACGUGGGCAGUAACCUCUGCCUGGACAGCCGCAGCGCCAGGAUGGGCGGACUCACUGUGGAGGUCUGCAGCCCGAGCCUCACCCAGCAGUGGAAGUUCACUCUCAAUUUACAAUCGUAGGGGGCGCUCCAGAUCCCCGGAAGACUUGGCACAGCGAAGAGAAACACCUACAGACUCCUGAGAUGCGGCUAAAAAGAUGAAUAGACUCAAGAAGAAAGACAAACUCUUCCUCCUUCUCCUCCUUCCUCCUCCACAGAGGUACAGCCAGUCACGUGCGCACCCUUCUCUCACCCAUCUCCCUAAACGAUGAGCCACGCGUAAUGAAGGGAGGGGCCGGGAGACCCAAAUGGAGUUAACAGGAACCUGACUGCAUGUGGUGGAUGGAUGGUGGCGAUCACGAGGAUAAAGGAGACGAAGAGGCUUUUGUUUCAAAAAUACAUACCUCAGUGUUUUCUCAUUGAUGGUUCCAGCUGCAAACGGCGAAAUUGUUCUUCUCCUUUCUUUAAUGCUGGUGGAAAGAGAAUUUUUUGGUGUACUUGUUUUAUUUUCUUAUUCAUAUUUUUUAUUUCUUGCUGUUAACUGUCCACAGAGACUUGCUUUUUUUCCUUCUUCUUCUUCUUCUUGGAAGCAUCCUGUAAUGGCAGAUGGAGGCUUCAGGUUGUGGUUUCGGGGAGGUGUGGGUUGUUGAGUGAUGUGAAGGGAGGAAAUGGACUCGAGGCCUUGAGCUUUUCCUCUCGUUUACUCUCACUGGUUUACAGAGUCAACCGAGAGAAAAGAGGCAAAGAAUGCAGUUUUUCUACAGACUCUUUCUUGGUGGAGGUGAAGACAAUCUGGGAGGGUUUUCGCUGCUUUGCAUGGGGUCUUUUCCCCCCUCAGAAGUGUUGUGAAUGCCUCCCUGAAGAUUUUCCUGUCUUUGGGCUGUAGUACUGGCUGCUGCAGCAUCCAAUACUUCCACAGAGAAAAUACCCAGAGAAUAAGUCACCAGUCUCUCUUUUUUUUUCCUUUUUCUUUUCUUUUGGUUUACUUUCUAAUCAAAAAAUGGAACCAACUUUUAAAAGGAUGUUUUGAGUUUCAGAAAGACCAGUGAAGUGAUUAAAAUGGUUUUCUUUACAUACUCUCGCUGCUCUGUGCCUGCUCCCCGUGGAGCGGCUCAGUUUUAAUCUUUUUUUUUCUUUGUUUUUCCUGCACAGCUGCUUUCCUUUGCCUGUGUCUAUAUGUUGCCAUUGUGGAACGUUUACUGUCUAACAAUCACAUCUAAACUGGAUUCAUGUUGCAGCUUGUUCUCCAGAGCCAACAGGUGUUGCCUGCUAAUGUGGCAUUUCUAAUAACACAGUAAUGAGAUUACCAGUAAUGUAGAGUUCGCAUAGACGUGACUGAGAUGAUUGCUUCUCCUCUUCCAGCACUUUUACUAUUGACAACAGCAAACUGUGCUUAUUCCAGCCUGAGAGCAGAUUUCAUGCAAAAAGAAAAGUCUCGACAAGUAGUGAAGCAACUUCUGACUGCAUGUAUCGCCGACAUGUUUCCAGCGUUGCACUGAGUCACAGUGAUUCACAUCAACAUAUUUUUUUUCCUCUAACUUUCCUGUUAGAUGAGCCAUCUGUUCUGGAGUUUAGAACUGCAGUAAACAAGGUUUUACUGUUUGUCCUCACUCUGUUUCUGCAAGAGGAGAGCAGAUUUUUCUGAUUGCACAAGCAGGACUGCGCAGCUUUUGCUGAUGCAAAGUAGAAAUAAGAAUACACUUUCUUUCUUUUUUUUUCCUGCCACACUACUAUGCAGAUCAACAAUAUCUUGGUGUCAUGAAACGGUGCAGUUUUUGUUACCAGGCGGUGUUACUGAUACGAUUUGCAGUACAUUUAUCUGUUUCCGAGUCCAUUAACUCUUGCCUUUUAAAUAGUUUGUUUGUUAUGUUUUGUUUCUAAUCUCCUUUAGGCUUUCACAUCACUUCCUCAUCUUCACUGCUAUGAUCUCCUGUGCUGUUAGUCACUGAUGAGUAAUGACAGUGGAGUUUGGGAAAAUUGUGCUUGAUUAAAUUCAGUGUGACUCAUCACUUGGCGACCUCAAGGCAACUACAGGAACACAAAAUAUUUCUGAACAGAUGUACAGUUUGGGUAAAGGAAAGCUGAAAUCUCAAGUCAUCUUUAAAGUCGUGCGCUCUCUGCUUCUCUCAGUCCUUCCCGCUCUCGUGCUCACUCGCAUCCGAAACUCCUUUGGUUUUAUUUUAUUGAGCUGCCAACUGACAAAGAUAGCUGGCCUCGGUUGCUUUGCUGUCUGAUACUUUUUUUCUGUGUACCUGUUUGCCUUGUCUUAUAUGUUCAUUUAUGAGUGGGGUGAGUGGAGCUGAGAAGGUCAGUUGAAGCUGCAGCUGGUUUAAAAAGCCUAUCCUGUGACUUGACAGGUUGCUGCAUUGUGCUGCAGGGCAGGGGACCCACAAGAUGGCACGAGGCCAGAGAGAAACUCAGGCAAGGCCCUGCUUAGAAAAAUUUGGUGUUGCCUUUGAUGCUAAAUCCAAAGGCCCAAAUCUGAUUUCAUGAUGAUGUGUUACUUUAAACAUGGAAAAGUCUGGUUUGGUUUGGAAAAUGCUUUCAGUGUCUUAAGUAAGCAUGGUUGCAAUACAGGAGAAGCAUUAAGUGAAAUUUAGGUUUGAACAUCAGUUUUUCAUUUCAGUGUGUGCUGUGAAAUCAGACGCUUCAGUGGAGAUUUUAAAGGCAAGUUACAGGAGAAAAAAUCUUAUUAAAAGUAGAAAAAUAUAAAAAUGUUUAAUUUAGAUGUAUUCUUGAAAGGGCACCAUUGAAGGUUUUUUUUUCUUCUUUUUAGCUGAUUCUCAAAGGGUGUAAAUGGGAAGAUCUGUCAUAGGAUACAUGCAAAAUCUGUCUCGGUUUAGAUGUGUGCAAGUACACAUUUUAGUAGUUAAUUCAUUUAGUUUUUCAUCGCCUUAUCGUCUAGAUUAUUGCAUAAAUUGUGCAGCCUCUUGAGUAGUGGUGAUAUCUCAAUCAGCAUAGAAUAAGUGAGGGUUUCCAACAUGCUGAGGUUUUAUUUAGUGGUUUUUAGCGCCCUCUAUUGCCACACAUGAUCAGCUGCGAAACAAAAAAAGGAAGAGGGACUUGAGGUAGUUUCUGUCUUUGCUUUAUAAGAUCUCCAUGUGAGUUUGCUACUCCGCAGAAACCGACUGUGCACACCUGAGUGACCAUGUCAGUCCUGUCUGCAACAGUUCCCGUGUUGUCUGAAGCCUUUUCUUUUUAAAGCUAGUCUUAUACUUGUCAUAAGGUUUGCUAUUUUAUUUCUUAAUCUUUUUAUGUUACACACAGAAGAAAUGACUGUAACACUUAAGUGCAGCGCCUCAUUUCAAAAGGAUGGUUAAAUGUUUACAUCUUUUGCACAACGUGCCAAAUUUCCUUUUCCGAAUUUUCUGUAUGAUGAAGAAUAAGAAGGGGUGAAAGUCUUUGGAAAACAGUCUCGGAGGACUUGUUCCGUGACAGGUUGCUUGCAGUGUGAUGAGUAUCUUCCCUCCAGUCUCAACUUGUAGAAGCCACUGUGGGCAGGACUGCUGUUAUCUGCUGGUCUUGUGUCAGUUUUAUGAUAGAGAGGGGAUUAAAAAUGGUCGUUUGCGUGUUUCCAUGUCUUAAAAACGUUAAAAUAUUCUUUAAAAUAUCCAUUAGAGGAGUAACAACUCUGAAACAUAGCUCAACGAAAGUCAUCCCCAGUAUCAUAUCAUGGUUCCAUCUUUUCGUAGCGCGAUUAACUGUUUGGAGCCAUUUAAUCAAAAGUAAAAGCGUGCUAGGCUGCACCACAAUAAUGCAGAACAUUUUGUUUUGGUUGUGAUCCAAUUAUGACCAAGUGAUCUUGUGCGUAUAAAAAAAUAAUUUUAGGUAUGAUGAUGACGCACAAACCAAAAAAUGCCUAUUGAAAUAAAUUUACAAGGGAAAACAUCGAGUAAGAAGAAUAUUACUGACAAUCCUGCAGAUGGUCGUCUUCUUUAAUAACAUAAAAAGUGAGCAUGAGUCAGUAAAUAAGAGCAUCCUACCCACUGAGCCACUAGACAUUAUUUAUUUCGCUGUGGAGGGAAACAAGGGGUUAUUUGCUAGAGUUAAACAAGAAAAGGAAGCUUGAAGCAAAAUCUUUGUGUUCGUUCAGCUUUUCCUUUAAACGGAGAAAAGUUCAGUCACGACUUGUCAAAAACCUGGGAUGUUUUCCCCCUAUCGGCCCACCUCAAAUCCCCUCAUAGGAUUAACAGGAGAAGGGCCCUCUCUCUAAUAAGUGAAAAGCCCUGCUGAGACAUCCAGCUCAGGACUGCUUAAGCUUCUCCGUCUUCUGCUACGAGCGGCUGUGCCAAUGUAAAUGAGUCGGGGCACAAUAGGGGCAGAUCAUGCACAGCAGACAAUACACUGUAAAAGUCUCAUCAACUGGUAAUGACAGAUAAUAACAGUAAUCAAUAUGGGUGGGAUAUGGGGUGGGGUGUGAGCUGGUGGGUUAAUGUGUUUUCUGAGAGGCAUGUGGCUCCGCAGAAUGGCUGGUAUUCACAUUACGAGGUGGCUGAUGCAACCCGAGGGUUCACAGAUGUAAAAGUGUAUAUUUUUGUAUAUACCUACAUCAGUGUGUGUACAGUAUGUACAUAUAUACACAGUGUACUCAGCUGCAGUUCCUAGUUUUGUUGUCAGACUGUACAGCGCUUCUAACUGUUCCCUGUUUUAUAGAUAAUGCAGAAAUUCAACUUUGAAUGAGGAGAAAUGAUUAACUUAAAUAAAUACAUUUAUAUAUAUAAACAAAA